AUGCUGUACGAGAAAACGUUAUCCAGGAAGGUUAUCGGUAGUCUCACGCAGCCGCGAGAAGUAGGAAGUCCCAACGGGACGAAUGACGGCGGCCCCCCAAUGGAGACAAAGCGACCCAUAUCUCAAUUGGAGUCUAUUUGGGAAGGUCUGUAUAGGCCAAUAAAAAGGUUGUUCAGUACAAAACAUGAGCGUCCAAAUGAGUCAAGAAAGCCGGCGUCAAUGGGGAAGAUUCUAAACAUGAUGCGAAUCUUACUGCAACGGGAGAGAACAAGGAGAACAGCUACGGAUAGUAAACUUCAGAAAGUCACCGAGUAUGUUAGCGCGAUUCGUCACCUACGAUGGUAUGGGUGGCAAGAUAUUUGGCAAGACCAGAUCAUGCAAGCAAGGCAGCAGGAAUUAAACCUCCGUGUCAUCACUAGUCUCUGGGGAGUCCUGAUCAGUUUUACGAAUAAUCUAGGGAGUGGCAUGUUCCCUGUUGCUGCUUUCUACGCCUAUACAGUCCUGGCCGGCCAACCACUGCGUAUAGACAUCGCUUUUCCCGCUUUGCAAUUGUUCGGUAUGCUGGAAGGCAGCCUCCGCGAGAUCCCAGGACUAAUAACAGUCCUUUUGAACGCCAGAAUUGCGGUCGGCCGUAUAGAAGAUUUCAUGGAAGAGCCCAACAAAGACCACCCAAUUACGCAAGAAGCCAAGCCGGAGCCCAAGUUGGAAAGUGCUUCAUUUGCUUGGCCCGGCACCGGUCGUCCUGUGCUCCAUGACAUAAGCAUUGCGUUCCCUGUUGGUCUGACCGUUAUCACUGGUAAGGUCGGUGCAGGUAAAACAGCCUUACUACAGGCAUUGAUGGGCGAGCUCGACAAUUUAGCUGGCUCGGUCGUCCAGUCCAAAGGGACAAUAGGAUACUGCGCCCAAACACCUUGGCUCCAGAGCAUGAAUAUUAGAGAGAAUAUACUCUUUUCCUCUUUGCAAGAGGAAGUUCGCUACAAGCAAGUUCUGGAAGCUUGCGCGUUGAAUCCAGAUCUUGCGUCCUUCAAGGAUGGUGACCGUUCAAACAUUGGAGAAAACGGCAUUGGACUAUCUGGGGGGCAAAAAGCUCGAGUAGCGUUGGCAAGGGCGGUGUAUAGUCGGGCAAAUUUACUCCUGCUCGAUGAUCCGUUCUCGGCUCUAGACUAUUUUACAGCUCAAAUGGUUGUGCGAAAAUGCUUUGGGGGCCCGUUGCUGGAAGGCAGGACCGUCAUUCUGGUCACGCAUCGCACAGAGUUAUGUCAUGGGAUAGCACGGCAGCUCGUUGAGAUGUCGGAAGGCAGAGCACAUGUUCUCGACGAGAUCGACUUUACGGGCCCAAGCAUGCUGAGCAGAAUUGGAUCUUCUGAGUCGGCCAACAGCAGGGAAGGAAAAUAUAAUACGGCGCAAGAAGCUGGUAUGGUGCCUAAUAAAUUCAUCGAGGAAGAACACAGGGCUCAUGGAGGGGUCAAAGCCGCUGUCUAUUGGGAAUACCUCAAAGCGGGCAAAAUCAAGUGGUGGGCUGUCUUGAUCUCCAUCCUAGCGCUUUAUCGCCUCGUCACUGUUGGAGAAACUUGGUUCCUCAAAAUGUGGGGUGAGGCCUUCGAGAGGAGUGGAAGUGAAAGCCGAGCCAGGUCCAGCCCCUUUCCAACACAGCCCUCACCGGAGACUAAUAGCUUCAUGCUGGUCAUCAUCUAUUCGGCUGGACGUCAGAUGUUUAGAGAAAUUAUGCAGAGAGUCUCCAAUGCAACGUUUCGAUUCUACGACGUCACUCCUGUGGGCCGCUUGAUGAAUCGCCUUACCUCAGAUGUUGGAACCGUCGAUGGGAACAUCAGUCAACAAUUCCAGAACGUGGCAUUCCUUUCCAUCACAUGGGUCUCUUCCGUCAUCAUCAUUGCGGGUGUUACGCCCAUGUUCCUCGUAUUAUCUCUUCUUCUAUCCCUCGCGUUUAUACUGAUAUUCCUACGUUUUCUACCCACGUCUCAGAGCCUACGACGACUCGAGAUGGUAUCUUUGAGUCCAUUGAUGUCGAACUUUGGCGCGUUACUGGACGGUUUGACAACUGUCCGUGCCUUUUGUGCUCAAAGUGUUUUCCAAACCAGAGUGAUUGCUGUAACGGAUACAUUCCAGAAGAUGGACCAUUUCUAUUGGAGUUUGCAAGCAUGGUUGAUGUAUCGCUUUGAUGCUUUGUCGGCAUGUGCAACGCUGCUUUUAACCUUACUCGCUAUUUACACCGGUGUCUCGGCUGGUCUCACGGCAUUCGUCUUAAUUGCAGCCUCUCAGUUUGUCAUGAGCACACACGCGCUAUGUAGGCAAUACGGACAGCUUCAGAUGGACUUUGUCUCCGUGGAAAGGGUUGUUGAGCUGUUACAUUUAGAGCAGGAACCCGCAGGAACAGUCGAUCCGCCAGCUUGGUGGCCCUCAUACGCGGGCGACAUUGUUUUUGAAGAUGUUACAAUCCGCUACGCUCCACAUCUUUCUCCAUCCCUAUCUUCCAUAUCUUUCUGCAUUCCAGGGGGAUCUACUACGGCGCUUCUUGGACGGACAGGAUCUGGCAAAAGUACCCUAUCACUUGCGCUGUUAGCCACGAUUCUGCCCGAAUCUGGCCGCAUUCUCAUAGAUGGGAUCGACAUCUCGAAAGUUGACAAGCAGGCUUUGCGAAGCCGCGUAACGUUCUUAGCACAAGACCCAAUUCUCUUCCCAGGCUCCAUGCGACAUAAUCUUGAUCCUCUAAAUGAUUACUCUAACGACGCCUGCGAAGCCGUCCUUGAUCGUAUAUGCGGCACCCAUCAAUGGAGGUUGGACACCGAGAUUGAGGCUGGCGGUCAAAAUCUAAGCCAAGGACAGAGGCAGCUAAUCGGGUUGGCCCGUGCUGUGCUAAGGAGGAGCUCGAUUGUCAUGCUUGAUGAGGCAACGGCGUCGAUCGAUGUGGAAACUGCAAUCCACAUACAGCAUGUACUUCGUGAAGAAUUAAGAGAAAGCACGGUCAUUACCAUUGCACAUCGGUUGGAGGCGGUGAAGAAUGCGGAUCACUAUAUCGUGCUCAAGAAUGGCCGGGUUUCUGCGCAGGGGUCGACAACGGCCGAAAUGAUGGAAGCAGGACUGGGUGAUCUUGCGGAGAGUGGAGGUUGA